UGAAAACAAGUGUGCGCCCGUGAGCGCUGCUUGCGCGAUGAGGCGCUUUUCUCUUAAAUGUAUAAGUUGUAGUCAAAGAUGACUCGCCCACAAGUCCCUAGAUGCAUUUCUCACUGCGUAGGACUCAAAUUACUUCGCCCCGGCGUCCGAUAGUUAUGGAGGACGGCUAGCUCGACAAAUUCCCCUGCCCUCCCACCGCUUCCUCCAGUUCGCCUCCUCUGAGUUUCGUUUAUGCUUGGCAUUUACCGCUCGCCGUAGGCUGUUGACUUCGGCGGCAUUUUAGCCCGCGUUUUCUAAGUUUUCAGCAUGACGUUUAAGUGGGACGACUUCGCCAAGGAGUACUACUGGGUAUCCUCGACACGAGUACCUGGCUCUCGACAACGAAAGCAGCUUCAUCUCUGAUCGACUAGAACUAAGCCGGAAACUACGUGGUGAUAUUGAUCGCAAUGAAGCCCUGAUCAAUUGCCAGUACUACCUUCGGGGCUCAACAAGGUACUUCCUUCGUUACCAGCUUUGCAACAUAGGCAGCCGCAUGGACAGGCACUGGUUUGUGGUGCGGGACAGCGCGACGCGCACCGAGCGCCUGCUGACAGUGACGGCGCUUCCGGACGCAUGUCCGCUGCGCCACUCACCCUGUCAAGUUCGGCCGGGCUUGCAGGAGAUCUUCCUUGACCUCCAGCACCCUUAUGUACACCCGGUGCUCGACAUCGACAUCAAGGUCUUGGCUGAGCGGCCGCACGUGGUGGUGGUGUCUCCGCUAAACGACGUUGGGUCACUCAAAGAUCUCAUAUACCAUAGCAAGUACAACGAGGACUGGCAAGAGAAGUACCGUCCGCAAGGGACGGGUCUCCCUCAAGACCAGGUGCAGCGACUGGCCAAGCAGAUAGUUGAGGGCCUGCUCUUCCUUCACGAGAAGGACUUCCCGGCAUUCUACAACUUACACCUGGGCAACGUCAUCCUCCAAAAUGGCGUGGCCAGGCUCACAGGCCUGGAGAAUGUCCUGCUGGGCUAUGUACCCAGGGUCUCUGCAUUCAUCCGCAAGCGCAUUUGUGAUGACAAGGAGGUCGUCGAUGCUGUCUGCUUUGGUCAUGCUCUGUUUGAAAUGGCCGCCGGUUACGAAAUGUCCACCACAAAGCCUACGGACAAGAACUAUGCAGACGUUGAACACUGCCCCGAAGUGUAUCAGGUUUUGAGGUUCAUCUUCGAGAACCAAAAUCACAAUUAUCCAACUCUAGAAGAGGUCGCCACGCUGGAUUUCUUUCGCAAUAUUGACCUACGUGAGCUCACCACUCACACCGUGCCUCCCAUCCUGAGGACCAAUCUGAGCUCAACUGCCAAACACCUCCUGCGAGAUGUUCAAAGGUUCUAUCGCAAUAAAGGGAAACUCAAAACGUCGCGAUCUAUAUCGGUAUCUUCGUGCGAUGGUGGAGAGUCUUCUGACAGCGAAAAAGCAGACCUGUUGCCCCGGGGCGUUCGGGCCAAACGGCGGCCGCCAAUGAGUCCCAGUCAGGCACCGCUGGUGCUCAAAAAGCCUUGUCUGCCACCGCCGUGUUCCUCGGAGCUGCUCAGUCCGCCCCACGGCUCUUCGUCUUCUCCGCCUCCGGAAUUUUCCUCGUCCCCUCCGCAGGCCGAGACCCCGCCUCCCGAGGGCACGUCGACGUGUCCGCCCUCAAAGGCCUCGGAGGACACGUCUCCCGCCGACACUGAAAUCCCACCCCCUCUUGACGCAACCAGUCGUGAUCCCAAGGCGGAGCCUCUUCAGAGUGAUGAUGCCGCAGUCACCAACUUCGUCACGCCUAUCUUCGAAACCCCACCACCCAAAGUUCCACCCCGUCCGCCUGUAUGGAUCCAGUCGCAGUCCAGCGUCAGCACCUGCGGCUCUGUCGAAUUCUGCACGCCGCCGUCCAGCCCGCGUAUCGACGCCGCCAAGUGGUGUAGUUCGGAAUGUAUCACGUGACCGUCUGUGCUACAACUACGUAGUUAUGCUAUUCUAAGCGGAAGCAAAGUUUAGGAAUGUUUUCACGUGCACUGGGGUCACGUCUGCGAAUGGUGGUGCUUAGCUACAUUUGCACGAAAAUACAGUCACACCCAAUGAGUAGCAACAUGCUACCCAUUGUCAAAGCGGCGUCAGCACCGCAUGGUGGCAAUGACAUAAAAAACAAUCACUGACAUAAAUACUGUUUGGACUACUGGUAUUUUUAAAGCCAAUUUAAUAUUUGCCAGUGUUGCAGUAUAGGCUUGGGGCACCUCCAACCACGGCCACAGUGUAGCAACUCAUAUUAGGUGCCACUGUUCGUACGCAGCCGUCACAUUCUCCUUGCUGUUGGAUAGGAGAACGUUGAGCGCAGUUUGACUCUGGUCGACAUGGACGCUAGCUGACACUCGUUCGUUCCAGACGUAGGUAAGAGACGAGCACAGGCCAAAGA